AUGAAGCUCAAGCUCCUUCUCGCCCUCUGCUUCACCGCCACCAGCGUUGUGGCGGCUCCUCAGCUGCCUCUCUUGUCAAGAACUCCACUUCCUCCUCCUUCAGUUACCACAGCUGCCACAGACUGUGCCACAUCCUCCACUCUCAUCGCAGCACGCCACACCAUCACGACUGACCCGACGACUAGCCGUGACGGUCCAAGGUCCUGGCACCCUUUCUCAUGGCCCUCGGACUGGCCUUUUGUUCCUCAUGACGACGACCAAGAGAGUGUGGAUGCGGCCGCCCCAACAUCGGUCACUUUGAACGAGCGCAGCGAAGUUGGUCCAGGCCAGGGGGUUCAAGCCGUCCGUGCCUCCCAGGAGAAGGAGGAGAAGGACGAUGACGACGACGACCUCAUCGUUGUAGGAAGUAGGAUUUCCAUCGUGUCGACCGCUAAUCCUGGGCCUUGGCACCCGCUCUCUUGGAUCCGGGGCUGGUCCAUCGUUCCCAGUGGCGACGAGAAAGUCCUCUACAAAACGGCUCACGACGACUGA